CGUUAUAAAUUCCUUGUUUCCUCAUUUCGCAUCCCGAGCCACUCUAAGCAUCAAAACUAGGCCAAGUACUGCUCUCCCACUUGGGAUCGGGCUUGCCGUCGAGAAGGCUCUCAGCAGAGUCCACGUCCUCAGGGGUGGGGGCGAACCUGGUGUGGAAUCUGCAGCGAGAAAUCGUGACGCUGUGGGAAGCCAGCACGUUUGAAGGUCUAGCCGCGGUGUUUGGCGGGCUUCGACCCGCUGUUCCAAAUACAAACCGUCGGCGCGAGCAGCACACCGGGCAGCCGUCCUGCCACAGGGACUCCUUGCUGGAUGCUGGGCUCCCGUGGCUAUCUCUGGUUGUGAAUGCAAUCUGUCCCUCUCCUCUUCGGAGCCCGCUUCUUUGCUCAGCCGCUGCUGGAUCCAAGCUGUACUUGUAUCUUACUCUUCUUCAAAAUAUUUAUUCUGCUGGUACUGAAGAGGAUGUGUUCCAGGGACAUACUUUGUUGUCAGAAAUCCCAUUACCUGAGGAGCUUCAUGCCCAGAGGAUUCAUUACUCAAGGUGGAAUAGUGGCUGAACGUAAUGUUAAAUAAUGGCAACAGGUGACUUAAAGAGAAGCUUACGGAACCUAGAACAAGUGCUUCGUUUGCUAAGUUAUCCUCAGGAGGUGGAUUGUGUAGGUCUGAUAAAGGGAGAGACGGCGGCAUGCUUGCCCAUCAUCAGCUACUCCCUGACCUCAUACUCAUCUUACGUAGCGGAGCUUCUGGUGGAGUCCAAUGCCGAGCUCACAGCAAAGAACGACUUGCGCUUUAUAGACACUGUCUAUAAGCUUCUCCGUGAUCAAUUUAAUUAUAAACCAAUCUUGACGAAAAAGCAGUUUCUCCAAUGUGGAUUUGCAGAAUGGAAAAUCCAGAUUAUUUGUGAUAUUUUGAAUUGUGUGAUAAAAAAGCACAAGGAGUUGAGUGGUAUGGAGAAGACUCCUUCACAACAAAGGAAAAACAUCAAUUUUGUUAAGCCAGAACCUUCUUCAAGCAGUGAGAAGACAUCUGUAGAACCUGUCGGCAUUGACAUCACCGGCAGGUUUAUGACUUCAGGCAAGAAGAAGGCUGUCGUGAUCCGUCACCUCUACAAUGAAGAUGGUGUGAACAUUCCUGAGGAUACGUUACGCACAGUAACAGAUGUUAACGACACGUUCGCUGUGUGUGAGAUAAAGGAUACCGAAAUAAAGAAUCCUGAAGAAAAGGUCCCUGAAAUCAAGUCUGAGCAACAAGAUAUAAAAGUUAAUCCUGAGAUUACUGCACUGCAUAGUAUGCUUGCUGAGUGCCAAGAAAAGCUUAAGAAACUGACUCAGAUAGAGAGCAGAUUAGACUCUUUGGAGGAAAAAAUGAGAGGGAAAGUGAUGGUGGAUGAGAGAACCUGGACUAAUCUUCUCAGUCGUGUCACUCUACUUGAAACAGAACUGCUUCUGUCCAAAAAGAAUGAUGACUAUACAGAAUAUAAUGAAAUGAAUGAAGAUUAUUCUUCUACUAGUGACAUGGAUAUUCUGAAACUUGAAAGAAAGAGCAAAGAAAAGGAAGCAAAUAUUCCUCUGUCCUCUGAUUAUCAUAGUACAGUAUCAAUAGACACAACACCCAGAACCUCAGUUAUUAAUUACUGUGGCUUGAAAGAUAUUUCAGAGGAAACAACAAUCCAGAAAAUGGAAAGGAUGAAAAAAAUGUUUGAAGAAACUGCUGAAUUACUAAAAGGAAAACUCCUGUGCCAGGACAUUUCUUUUACAGAGUGAAGUCAUUAUAGCACCGUAUUUUUGUGUUGACAUUUGUUGGCAGUGUGCUAAGUAAUGUGUUUUUAAAGUACAGGCUUCGGGACCAUAGUUUACAUCCUGUUGGAAACGCUCCAACUGGGACUUGCAUAUUGUACCCAGGAGGCUGUCGUACAUACCAUUUUGCCAUCUGUACUGAUGAGUAUGUUGUAAUGAAAAGUUCAGAAUGCUCAUUGAAAAUUAAAUAAAACAAAAAUACGGCGAUUUAAUUCUUAGUGAAAAAGCAGCAACGCAUUUUCAGCUAACAUUGAGAAAGUGUGGGUGUGAGUCCCCUUCGGUGUUUAGAAGCAGGUUGGCGAGUUCCGUGAAGAACAUGGUGAGGACUUCAGUGCUCUGCUCUGUGACACGUUCAGGACCAGCCGCGGAGGCACAGAUGGUGGCUGCCCGCCGUUACAAGUACACGGGGAGGGUUUGGUUUUUUUUUAAGUGAUGGGAAGUAAUAUAUUUUUCUGGAGAGAGAAAAUGUCUUAGAUGAAGUUAAAUCAAGAGAAAAAAGAAAAAAAUUCACUUUAAAUUACUAAAUAAAUUAUUAUUUUUUAACUUUAUAAAUAAAAAUGUAGUAAUCAUCCUGGAUAAUCUUCAAGAAAAUUUAUUCCAUUUUUUGUGAGGAAACAGGAGAGUACUUUUUCUUUGUUAUUAUUGUUUAUCUGACUGUAUGUUAUUUAUUCAUCCAUUUAUAUUAUAUGUGUGUACUUUCAAAUUUGUAACAUGAAACAUUACCAUUAAGAUAAAAUUCUAAGUAGAAAUAACUGUUAAGAAAGCAUAUUUAUUAUCUAGUACAUGCUAAGUAAUUAGACUUUAAAAUUAUGAACUUUUAAAGUUCACAUAAAAACUCAUAUUUACUAGUUUCAGUAAACAUUCUAAGGCAAAUCCAGUCAGCUUUAUAUUUUCAAUUACAAAAAAUGUAUAAAAAUCAAGAACUUCAAAGAAAAACUCUUAUAAUUAACUUCUAAAAUAUUAGUACCAGCAUGGAAUUAUAGCACCACCUUGUGGUUCAUAUGCCACAAAAAGUGUUUU